AUGAACUACGCUUUCCGCCCUCGGGAAACCGAGUUCAUCGCUUACAUGCGAGAGAGAUCCCAGAGACUCCCGAUCGCUUUAAUCAAACCGUCAAACACUUUCCAAGCUGAACUACGCUUUCCGCCCUCAGAAAACCGAGUCGUAGAUGAGGGGCGAGACUCUCAUCUACAGAAGACCACCCGGCGAUUGGCAGUACAGCAUGACUCUUGA